AUGAUUCGCUUCCAGUGCGAUUGCAGCGCAUGUGUAGGAGUUUGCCCCGAGAUGAACUGUGGCCGUCGACGAGAAGCAGCGAUGAGGCGCUUCCGCUUCCGACGUGUUCGUGACAUCAAAAAUGGAACAAUUAUCGAAGAGCGACCUACCGAUUCCGACUACGACGAAGACGAGGAGGAGAACGAACUUCUCAAGAAGAUUAUCGAUCCGAAACGAUUAGCAUUCUCAUCGUUGGUGAGAGUCCGUGAAGAUGAAGAAGAGGAACGAGCCCAACAGCAAGUUGAUCACUGGAGGAACGGCGUAGUUUCGGAAUCCGAUGUGAUCAGAGAAGUGGCGGCCCAGGAGGCGGCAGUGUGCGUGCGAACGAUUCUCGUCGUUGGUGCGAUGGCGGUGACGUGCUUCUGCGUUGCCGUGCUGAUCUUCCUCUCCAUUCGACGACGAAGAUGCAAGACGGAGACGUCCAUGCAGGAGAGCGUGUCCACUGUUGGACUAUAG